AACAGUCAUCCGGUAAUUCUUAGGACGAAAACGUCACUCAUGGAGGUCGGAAAACACACCGUCUGUACGCAAUUGUAACGUGGAACCCAUCGUCCACAGUUUUCCCGGAACUUAUGCUGAGUUCUUACUUUCCCACGUGCCCUGAAAUACAAAGACAUCUGUUUAGCGGCGAUCGAAUCACGACUUCUUUACAAACCACCACUGUCCAUACAAUUAUCUCUAGACCUCGAUCACCUUCAAAUUUCCUAACCAGCGAUGUCAACAGAAAGUCGUGUUUUGUCUCUUCUAGGUCGCAAUUUAAAGCUAGAUACUCGGCUGGAUAUCGAGCCCUACCUCAAACAGAUCGAUGUCGAUACCACAGAAGAAAUCCACCUGAGCGGAAAUACCAUCGGCGUCGAAGCUGCUGAAGCUCUCGGCGAGGUUCUCAAGACUAUGAAAACCUUGAAGGUCGCGAACUUCUCAGAUAUAUUCACUGGUCGACUGAUAGACGAGAUUCCCCUUGCUCUCACUGCCCUUUGCAAUGGAUUGAAGGAUAUUGCGACACUUCAAGAGCUCAAUCUUAAUGAUAAUGCAUUUGGCGGACGUUCUGUUCAUCCAUUGGUCCCUCUCCUUGUUCACAAUUGUUCCAUUCGCGUUCUCAAACUUGACAAUAAUGGCCUUGGCCCUGCAGGUGGAAAAGUUGUUGCGGAUGCUCUUUUAGAGUCCGCAAAACUAAGCCAAGCGGCAGGCAUGCCAUCCAACUUACGAGUCGUGAUAUGUGGGAGAAACCGACUGGAGGAUGGCUCUGCAACUGCCUGGGCGGCAGCCUUUGCAGCACACGGCAAUCUGACUAAAGUUCGGAUGGUACAGAACGGAAUUCGCGAAGCAGGUUUUACCGCGUUAGUUCGUGGGCUUGCAAAAUGCUCGUCUCUGCGCUAUCUCAACUUACGAGACAAUCUUGGACGUAACAUAGAGGAGGACGAUGAUCCAACGGAGGAUGACGGUAUAGAGCAUGGUUGGCAUGCUCUCGCUGACGCGCUAUCCGAAUGGAAGGAUUUGAGAUACCUCGAUGUAUCUGAUUGCUCCGUAUACCCUCCUGGUUUCCAGCUGCUCAUGGGGGCAUUGGAGAGCGGCAUCCAUACGAAGUUACAUACCCUCAUGUUUGAUAACAAUGAUCUCGACGCAGCAGUGUAUCAACGCUUACAUGACGUCGUUAAACGGCACCUUCCCAGUGUGAAGCGCUUGAGUCUCCUCUGGAACGAGGACCUUGAUGACGCGACUCUGUCAACACUAGGGAAUGUUAUCGAAGAUCGCGGAGGACAGCUAAUAUUGGACGAAGAAGAUGAGGAAGAGGGCGAUGAACGCGAGUUGGAGGAUGAGAAGGACGUUGUUGCGGAUCACGCCGUCGGAGGUAAGGACAAGGCUGCUGAAAAGAAGGUUGAUGAAACGGAUGCCGAGCUGGAGUCUGCUUUAGCGGGCUUGACCAUUUCCUCUUAAACAAUACCCUCCAUCAGUUCAAGGAGAUGACGAAUAUAUCCACAGUACAUGAUAUAUACUUGUAUUCAUUCCUUUCAUACAAUUCUGAAUGUCUCAUACCAGCCCUAUCAUGACGUACCACGUUGACUGUAAGGACUGAAGUACUGAAGGCUGGAGUAAUAUCAAUAACCCGAGAUCGAUGAG